AUGGGGACUGCAUAUAAUAAAAUAAGGAAGAUAAACCUGAACUUGAGAAAGAACCAACCUCCAAAAGUGCCUAUGAUCUUACCAAAUGAUAAAGAGUGCCCUAAUAACACAGAAGGUAUGUUGACUAACUUGACACCCCCUGUGACCAGUGAUGUUCAUACUCUAGCAGGUGGUUCAACUUUAGAGCCUGUUGGGCCCAGUACCCUGAAUACUCUCCCUACUUCUCUCUCGGCCGGUAUGUCACCUGUGAAACCAACUGCCCCUGGUAUCGGUUCCACCAUGAAUGUUACACCUGAGGGUAAUAGGGACUCUGCUUGUUAA